AUGGAUGAAGAUGCUAAAAACUUUGUGAGAAAAUGUCAAUCCAGCCAGAAAUUUGGGAACUUGAUACAUGCACCGGCGGUUGAACUACACAACAUCAAGACUCCUUACCCGUUUUAUACUUGGGCAUUCGACCUAAUGGGUCUUAUAGCGCAUCAAUCCAAGGGCCACAGAUGGAUACUUGCAUCGACUGAAGUUAGCACCAAGUGGGUAGAGGCUAUACUGAUGAGGAAAGUAGAUGGGGCAGGUGUGGCCAACUUCAUCAAAGAAAACAUAAUCUGUAGGUUUGGCAUACCCAAGGUCCAAACCAUUCCUCUCAAAGCCACUCAGGUUGGCCUCAACACUUUCCACGAACUUGCUGGGGGUUAUUACAAUCUUCUUGGUAGCAAUUUCACAAAUGAAGCUGGAAAGUGA